CUGAAGCGGCUGCUAGCUAAGCUGAAACUACAGCUCCGGGAGCGAAGACUUACAAUAAGAAGCAAUUAGUAAGAAGAUUCUGCGCGAUGGACCCUAGUAUUCUUGCAGCCAUGGACAAAGAAGCACUCAAAAAGCAGAUUGAAAACAUGAAGUACCAAGCGUCAAUGGAACGCUGGCCGCUUUCAAAAAGCAUUGCUGCGAUGCGGGAGUAUGUGGAGGAGAAUGAAAAGAAUGAUCCACUCAUACACGCUCCCGACAAGAAAAAUAACCCUUGGGCCGAAAAAGGGAAGUGCAUCAUUAUGUAAUCAUACUUAUAAUAUAAGUAAAAAUAUCACCAAAAUUCUAAAAUAUUCAGUUUAAGAGUAUGGCUCCGAGUCUGGUACACUCGACCGGCGAUCAACAUCAACAGAUGGUAAAGAAAACUGCCAGACAAUACAAAGAUGUAGAAUAACCACCAGACGUAGCAAACGUUGAACGUUACAUGAAUAACCACCAGACGUAGCAAACGUUGAACGUUACAUUAAUUUCAUUAUUAUUUUGUUUACGUAGUUUUUGUUCCCAAACGAAUCUAGUCCCUUAUAAUUCUAAUGUAAAGAAUGUACAUUUAGACUGUGCGAGAAGCAAGGAUGUACUUAUGAAUGUUUUUGUUAAAGAAUAAAGUUUUAAAAAUGGUUGUAAAUACGUUAAAUUUUGUAUUUCUAGUAAUAGAAUGUUCGGACACGAUAAUAUCGGUAGGGGUUAAUGGGAAAAGUUAAAUGAAUGAGAUAAACAAAUUGUAAUGUGGAAAGUAAGCUAAUCAUAAUUGAACGUUGACAACCGAAUAUAAUUUAUUUGAAGUGAAACUUGACGAGUAUUACCUUGAAAAUUGUUUAGAAUAUUUUGUAAAGAACCCAUGCAGUUCCAUACGAAUAUAAGCAACUUCCUUUUUCAUCUGUUUGUAUGGAUUUGCGAUGGAUUCUGUAAAACCGGAGAACCGAUCGCCCGCGGCCGGUUCACAACAGACUUUGCCACAACUUUAGACGUUAAAAUUAAAGUUAAAUGUGAAGAUUCUCCGAGCUCACGAAUCUUCGUAUUUAAUAAAUAUAAUGUUAAACUAUAGGGAUAAUCGCAAAUCACAACUUAAUACAUAUUCGCUGAAUCACGGAUUAGAGAUGUUAAAAUAUUGGCAAUAAAGGGAAUGUAGGAUGAAUAAAGUUAAAUGAUUAAAAAAAGGUAGAGAUGAUGAAAAAAAAAUGUAAAUUUAAGAGUAAUGCAACAUAUUCUUGUUUGAAACUUAAUUGUUAAGCUGGUUAGGAUACUUUUUUAUAAACACGGUACAUUCCACAGUGCCAUUGAUCUAGUUGCUUCUAGCUGUUAGCUAUCUUCUACUCUCCUGUUCUCUUAAAUAUAAUCGCUACUAAGCAAAAUCUAUCAUUAUUUUUCCGCUCUCUAACAUCUAUGAUUUCAUCCCCAACACCUAUAAACAUAUUAAAACUAAGUAUUUAAAAUCAAACUAUCAAAAUCAAAUUUAAAAAGAUCUAGCACUCAUUUAGCUUAGUAUAAUUCAAAAUUAAAAACCGACGGAAUUCUACCUAAGUCAUUGAAAGUUUACUUAUAAAGCGAUACGUAGUUUCCAUGUAAAAUUCUUCUAAAUUCGUAAUCUAAGAUUUCUGCGACUGUCCCCCAAAAUUGUUUGUUGAACAAUUCCAAUUGGAGACGGAACAAUUUUGGCCGCAUUCAGUCCGAGUAGCGCUACUUAUCUUACAUUCCAAUUAAACGUAUUGAAUUAAAUCCUAAUUUUUUGAUUAAAAUAGAAAAAUUUAAACUUACGCACUGUAGAUAAUUAUAGAUUAAAAAAAUUAAAUCUAACUUUAAACUUAAAAAAAAACUCUUUAAAAAAUUUAAAAACUUCCUCUACCAUAUCUAGACACGGUGUAUGGAAAAUCAUUCUGGCUGUGAAAUGAUUCUUGAUUUAUUUAGAUGAUUCGUCGCUAGAUACACGUUCAUCUUUACUCAAAGAAAAAAAGUUCAACCUACUUUAAAAUCAUGCCGAUUGUUUUUUCCAACUAUCACAGCUUCUCUACUACAUUGUGUACCUGUGUAUAUGUGAACCUAUGUCAAUUCUUUAUACGUACUUUUUUUUUCUAUAUCUACAUUAUCAUGGUACUCCAUUUCUGCUCCUCAUACUUCAGUUCUUACAAACAUGAGUUCAACUAUCCUUUAGGCAUAAAAAUAGUUAUUAAAAAAAAAACUUAGAAUCUUUAGUAAGUAAAGUAGAGUUAGUUAAGUAACAUGAAAAAUCAACAGUUGUUUGUUAAUCAGUAUAAUAAAAAAUGCAAUUCAGAGAUUUUAACCUUAGAUUAAUAAUAAACUGUUUAAAAUUAAAUUUAGUGAAUGAUAAGGGAACUUAUAUAAAAUGGUGGCAAAUUCUGUUCGCGGUGUUUGAUAUGUUAGCGUCGGCGAAUUUUCAAGGGAAUACUCUUAUGAUUAUUUUAUGUUUUUUUAAUAAUAAUUUUAUUUCCUUGUUAUACUGUGUUAUUGAACCAAAGAUUUUCACGGACCUCAGUCCUGAAGUUAUUGACUUACCAACUCUCUGUCAUAAUAAAAACUUAACACCGACGUAUUAGUCGUUAAAACGUCUAAAAUAUUUCACUUGACUUAACUUCUUUUGAUUUAUUAAUAAUAAGAAGUAAUAAACUGUAAUUUUUAAUGGAUUUAUCCGUUAUUAACUAGGUAAGGGUGAUAUUGGAAAUGAUUUUUUUAGAAUCAAUAGCUCUAAGGUAUCGUAUGUUAUUAUUAAUUAUGUAAUCAGUAAUCACUGAAAUAAAUGAAAAUCUGUAA